AUGGUGGGCAUAUCGAGGAUACUCUCCCGGCCGACGGCCAAACCGUACCGAAACCACCACAUCCUACACUCCGGAGAACAUCCGCCGACACUUGACGAGGAUGGCCUUCUCGCCUUCGACGAGGAUGAUAUCGAGAACCCUCAUAACUGGUCGAAAACGAGGCGAGCCUACAUUACCAUCUGCACGGUGCUGCUGGUCGUCAACGCUACUUUUGCCUCGUCCAGCCCCUCGGGCUGCCUCGAGAGCAUCAGCGAGUGGUUCCAGGUGUCGAGCGAGGCUGCGGCCCUGACGGUGACGCUGUUCCUGCUGGGGUACUGCGCGGGGCCUCUGUUGUUCGCGCCGCUGUCCGAAUUCUACGGCCGCAGGGCCAUCUUCUACAUCACGUUUCUUUUGUACAUCGCCUUCAACUUCCUCUGUGCGUUCGCGCCCAACUUCGGCAGCCUGCUGGUGGGCCGCUUUCUGUCGGGCACGUUCGUGAGCGCGCCGCUGUCCAACGCGCCCGGGGUGCUCGCCGACCUUUGGAAUCCCAUCGAGCGUGCCAACGCCAUGGCCGGCUUCAGCCUGAUGGUCUGGGCAGGGCCGGCCCUGGGGCCUGUGAUCAGCGGGUUCCUGCAAUUGACCAAGGGGGUGAAUGGGUGGCAGUGGAGUUUCUAUGUCCUGCUGAUGCUGGCUGGGUUCUCGGCCAUCCUCAUGUUCACCAUUCCUGAGACGUACGCGCCCGUGAUCUUGCAGAAGAAGGCGAAGCGGAUCAGGAAGGCAAAGAUACCGAAUUACGAGGAUGUCAAGGCGCCGAUCGAGACGACAAACCAGUCGUUGGUGCAGGUAUACAAGGUUGCGCUGACGCGGCCGUGGAUUAUCUUGUUUGAUACCAUCAGCUUUUUGUGUGCCAUUUACUUGUCGGUCGUGUAUCUGCUACUGUACAUGCUCUUUUCGAUUUACCCCAUCGUCUUCCAACAAAUGCGCGGCUGGAACUCUGGUGUGGGCGAGCUACCACUCAUAGGAACCGUCGUUGGCGCGGCCAUCGGAGCUUUAAUCAUCAUGAUCGACUCACGUGGUCAGAACAAGAAGGUUCAGACUGGUUACAAGCUGGAGCCAGAGGAUAGGUUGCGACUGGCCAUGUACGGGGGCGUUGGGUUCGCCGCGAGCAUGUUCUGGCUGGCAUGGAGCGCGAACUUCAACUACGUGCACUGGGUCGUUCCAACGCUGGCAGGAGUCUUCCUCGCGGCUUCGAUGCUGCUGAUUUUCGUUUCCUUCUUGAAUUACCUGGUCGAUACGUACUUGAUGUAUGCAGCUUCUGCAAUAGCCGCGAACACAGUCCUCAGGUCCGCAGCCGGAGCAGCAGCACCGCUCUUCACGAGACAGAUGUUCACUGCGCUCGGGAUCGGCGGCGGCGGCUCGCUUGUUGGAGGUGUAGGGGCUCUUUUGGCGGUCAUCCCGUUCGCGUUCUACAAGUAUGGCAGAAAAAUUCGGGAAAGGUCCCGGUUCGCGCCCACGGAGGUCAAGAAGAAGGAGGCCCGUGAUCAGACCGACGAGGCCGAGAAGGGGGCUGCGGACGUGGGUGAUGACCCGGCUGGUGCGACUUCAAGUGAUAGCCAGAGUGUGGAGGGGGAGAGCGAGCGCAGGGGAGACUCUGAGAGGGAGAAAGAACCGCGAGAUUAG